AUGUUUUGUUCAUGUGCCUGGCUAAGUAAGGCAAGGAAGUUAUUUGAUAUUGUCUUGUAUCAAAGACGGACGAAGAAAAGCAAUGCAAAACCAGUGAUCAAGACACAGCGGGUCCCCUUGGCCGAAUUGAUCAUUACUGCGUACUCCGUCCACAAUUGCAUGCCCGUACUCAAGGCACCCGACCCUAGGAAUUACCAAAUGCCCGCUCUGAUCUGCCUUAUGCUUGUCUCGGCCGCCGUUCCUGCUUAG